AUAUCUCUGGUAUAACAGGGGGAAUAGGAAGUGGCCAGGCUCUUAUUAAACCGGCUCUGGUCCUCCUACACGCUGCAUGGCGGAGAAAGGAGUUUCUUUUUUACUCCAUUAAUCUGUUUUUAGGUCUAAAGUGUAUCUGGUUUUACGUCUACAAGUAUGAGCUAUGUGUGAUAAGUUUAUAAGGGUUUGCGCUGACUGAGUAUGACUGGGAUCAUCGCCUGAGUGUCGCGGUUUAACAGUGUGUGCUUAUGGCGAACUCCAACGUGACAUUUAAACUCGUGUAACGUUACAGUAUCAUAUACAGACAAUAAUGGAUACUGGUGAUUUGGCAGACAGUGUUCUUAUUAACCUGGAUGUUGAGGGUCUUACUCCUGAGACCCUCAAGCAAGAGAAGUCCGAGUUUUCAACAACUCGAAAGUGCUACUCCUACAUAAAGAAGAGGACCUUUGCAACAUAUGUGGCAUCCAAAAAGCUCCCGACGGCUCCCUCAGAUGCCUCAACGCUUUGGCAGUGCUGUGAGGAGACCUUCUCGGACCCUUGCUCCAUCCACAAACAUGUCUCAAACCUCCAUGCUGAUGAGAUUGAGCAGCUCACCACUGCGGCCCUGGAUCUAAUGCUCAGCCAAAGUGAGGGUGAAAAAGACGAGAAUGAGAGUCAGUCAAAGGAUACGUCCUCUUGGAUACCUGAUACAAGCCAUGUCUCAGAGGAGGAGCUCAGCAAAGGCCCAGGUGAAGUCCUCCUGUAUUACUACUAUUGCCAGAUACAAGACCCUAAGCUCAUUUGUGCUUGGCAGAGUGAGCUGUGUUCAAAGCUUCACCUCACUGGCAAGGUACGUGUGGCCACUGAGGGCAUUAAUGGAACAGUUGGUGGCACCAAAACAGGCACAAGCCUUUACAUCAAGGCAAUGCUGUCACAUCCGAUUUUCAAAGUGAUGCAAGUGGAGGAUUUUAAGACCAGUGAAGGCAGUGCAGAGUGCUUUCAUGAACUUAAGGUUGGAGUCUAUAAAGAAAUUGUCCCAAUGGGUGUGGACCCAGAUAUCAUCUCCUACACAUUAGCAGGAACACAUUUGGAACCUGAGGAAUUUCACAAACAAGUGCAGUCUCUACUUGAAGAUGGUUCCUCAAAGAGUGACACAGUACUGCUGGACUGCAGAAACUUCUACGAGAGUAAAAUUGGCCAAUUUAGGAAGUGUUUGGCACCCGACAUCCGCAAAUUCAGCUACUUUCCUGACUAUGUGGACAAGAACCUGGACCUUUUCCGCAACAAAAAGGUUCUUAUGUAUUGCACCGGGGGUAUACGAUGUGAACGAGGGUCUGCCUAUCUUCGUUCAAAAAACGUAUGUAAGGAAGUAUAUCAGCUGAAGGGUGGCAUUCACAAGUACCUGGAGCGGUUCCCUGAGGGCUUCUACCGCGGCAAACUCUUUGUGUUUGAUGAACGCUAUGCAAUCUCAUUCAACAGUGACAUCAUCUCAGACUGUAGGUACUGUGGAGCCCCUUGGGACCAGUAUCAGCUGUGCUCUACAGACUUCUGCUGCCAGCUGGUCUUAUCAUGCCCCUCUUGCAGGCAGAAGGGCCUUACAGCCUGCUGCCCUGUGUGCCAAGCCAAAGAGCAGAUGACCAGUUACAGCCUCUCACACAAAGAGGAGUGUGAGUGUACUGACUCCCGGCCCAGGAUCCCUAAUGACACUUUAUGAUGGCUAUUUGUUGAGGCCUCCUGAUGUCCAGAAGACCACAUUGU